AUGUCGUUCCAGGACCGUGUGCAGCACCAGAUCGCCCAGAUCGAUAAGGAACUCUCCAAAUACCCAGUGCUCAACAACCUCGAGCGACAGACCUCCGUGCCCAAGGUCUACGCCUUCCUCGGCAUCGCGGGCAUCUACGUCUUCCUCAUCUUCUUCAAUAUAGCCGGAGCUCUCCUCGUCAACGUCGCGGGCUUCGCUAUCCCAGCAUACUACUCCCUCAAUGCUCUCUUUACCUCCUCGACGGCAGAUGACACUCAGUACUGGGUUGUCUUUGCUCUGUUCAGCGUCGUUGAGAGUGCCAUCAGUGCUUCAUACUGGUUCCCAUUCUACUACCUGUUCAAGUUCUUCCUCGUCCUCUGGAUGGCCCUCCCACAGACCAGCGGUGCUCAAAUCGUCUUCCACUCUUUCAUCCAGCCUGUGUUCUCUCGCUACUUCCAGAGCGCACCAACCUCCUCUAACCUCAGAGCCCAGGCCGAGCAGGCCGCCAAGGAGCACUCCUCCUGA